GGGCGGCGGCGGCGGCGGCUGGAGCCGGGGAGAGACCGCCGGGCCCGGCCCGCACGGGAGCGGAACGAGUCCGGGACCUGCUGCCAUGGGGGACAUGAAGACCCCUGAUUUUGAUGACCUCCUUGCGGCCUUUGACAUCCCUGACAUUGACGCGAACGAAGCCAUCCACUCUGGGCCAGAAGAAAACGAGGGGCCCGGAGGCUCGGGGAAGUCAGAAUCCAGCGUAGGGGGUGAAGCUGGAGAAGCUGCAGCUGCUGGGGGGGGGCCGGGGGGCCCGGCCCAGGCCCCCGACCACGGCCUGCCAACCUCGGACAUUUCGGCGGUCAGCGUCAUCGUCAAGAACACUGUGUGUCCGGAGCAGUCGGAGCCCCUGGCCGGGAACUCGGGAGGGGACGCGCCCCGGACUGGGGGGCUCGGCAAGGACGGACCUGUGGGGCCUCGUCUGAUGCAGAAUGGUUUUGGGGGCCCUGAGCCAUCCCUUCCAGGAACUCCCCACUCUCCAGCUCCUCCCAGUGGGGGCACCUGGAGGGAAAAAGCCGCGGAAGGCAAAGCCCCCUUGGAUCUCUUUGCUCAUCUUGGGCCUGAGCCCGGAGAACACCCCGACCCCCUGCCUCCCUCCGCGCCCUCACCGCCUCGGGAGGGUGCCCUGACCCCACCCCCUUUCCCCACUCCCUUUGAGCCAGCCCAGGAGAGUGGCCCGGCCCUGCUGCCCCCGGGGGCCUUGAAGCAGGAAAGCUGCAGCCCACGUCCCGCCCGGGGCUGCAGCCCCGACGCCGCGGGCAGCCCUGCCAGCGCCUCGCCUUCCGGGGUCGCUGGGGCGCCCUUCGUCAAGCAGUCUCCAGGGCACCAGAGCCCUCCUGCCUCUCCCAAAGUGCCCGGCGAUCGGCCCCUCAAGGAGGAAGAUGACGACGAGGGGCCAGCGGACAGGUCCCCCCCAGGAAGCCCCCGGAGCCCCUCCAGCGGAGCCGAGGCCGCGGACGAGGACAGCAACGACUCCCCGGCCUGCGCCUCUCGGCCGCUCAAGGUGCGGAUCAAGACUGUGAAGACGUCCUGCGGGGGCAUCACGAGGACCGUAACCCGGGUCCCCUCAGACCCGGACCCCUCCGCCCCUGCGGCCGAGGGGGCCGUGGUGGCCGAGGCUAGCUUCCUGAAGCUCUCCCCGGCGAACCCAGCGCCCGAGGGCCCAAAGGUGGUGAGUGUCCAGCUGGGUGACGGCACACGGCUGAAGGGCACUGUGCUGCCCGUGGCCACCAUCCAGAAUGCGAGCACGGCCAUGCUGAUGGCUGCCAGCGUGGCCCGCAAAGCCGUGGUGCUGCCCGGGGCGGCUACCACCAGCCCCAAGACGAUGGCCAAGAACGUGCUGGGUCUCGUGCCCCAAGCGCUGCCCAAGGCUGAGGGCCGCGCGGGGCUGGGGCCCGGGGGGCAGAAGGUCAACGGUGCCUCCGUGGUGAUGGUGCAGCCUUCGAAGCCGGCCGGGGGCCCGGGCGCCACGGGGGGCACCGUGAUCUCGCGGACGCAGUCCAGCCUGGUGGAGGCCUUCAACAAGAUCCUCAACACCAAGAACCUGCUGCCCGCCUACAGGCCCAACCUGAGUCCGCCGGCCGAGGCCGGCCUGGCCCUGCCCCCCACCGGCUACCGCUGCCUCGAGUGCGGGGACGCCUUCUCGCUGGAGAAGAGCCUGGCGCGGCACUACGACCGCCGCAGCAUGCGCAUCGAGGUCACCUGCAACCACUGCGCGCGCCGCCUGGUCUUCUUCAACAAGUGCAGCCUGCUGCUGCACGCCCGCGAGCACAAGGACAAGGGGCUGGUCAUGCAGUGCUCGCACCUCGUCAUGAGGCCCGUGGCCCUGGACCAGAUGGUGGGGCAGCCGGACAUCACGCCCCUGCUGGCCGUCCCGCAGGCCCUGGGCCCGCCGGCCCUGUGUCCCAGCUGUGCCGUGGUGUUCGGGGGCGUCAACUCCAUCAAGUCCCACAUCCAGACGUCGCACUGCGAGGUUUUCCACAAGUGCCCCAUCUGCCCCAUGGCCUUCAAGUCUGCCCCCAGCGCCCACGCCCACCUCUACACCCAGCACCCCAGCUUCCACGCGCAGCAGGCCAAGAUGAUCUUCAAGUGCGCCAUGUGUGACACGGUCUUCACCCACAAGCCUCUGCUCUCCUCACACUUCGACCAGCACCUGCUGCCGCAGCGUGUCAGCGUCUUCAAGUGCCCGUCUUGCCCUCUGCUUUUUGCCCAAAAAAGGACCAUGUUGGACCACCUUAAGAACACUCAUCAGUCUGGGCGUGCAGGGGAGGAAACGGCUGGGAAAGGGGCUGGCGGUGCUCUGCUGACCCCCAAGGCUGAGCCCGAGGAGCUGACCGUCUCCCGGGGAGGAGCAGCCCCCCCUACUGAGGAGUCGUCUUCAUCUACAGAAGAGGAAGAGCUGCCCAGCUCCCCGGAGCCCCCGCGCCCGGCCAAGCGGCCCCGGCCGCGGCGGGAACUGGGGAACAAAAGCCUCAAGGGCGCGGGCGGGGGCCCCGGGGGCUGGGCCUGCGGCCUCUGCCACUCCUGGUUCCCCGAGCGGGACGAGUACGUGGCCCACAUGAAGAAGGAGCACGGCAAGUCGGUGAAGAAGUUCCCGUGUCGCCUGUGUGAGCGCUCCUUCUGCUCGGCCCCCAGCCUGAGGCGCCACGUCCGGGUCAACCACGAGGGCAUCAAGCGAGUUUACCCGUGCAGGUACUGCACAGAGGGCAAGCGCACCUUCAGCAGUCGCCUCAUCCUGGAGAAGCACGUCCAGGUCCGGCACGGCCUGCCCCUCGGGGCCCAGUCCCCCGGCCGGGGCGUGGCGCUGACGCAGGGCUCCGGGGCCAGGGCCCAGGGGCCGGGUCGGAAACGCCGCCAGUCGUCGGACUCCUGCAGCGAGGAGCCGGACAGCACGACGCCGCCCGCCAAGUCCCCCCGGACGGGCCCCGGGCCCCUGCGCUGCCGGCGGGGCAGCGGCUCGGCGGAGCAGAGCCUCGUGGUGGGGCUGCGGGUGGACGGCGGCGCCCAGCAGUGCCUCGACUGCGGCCUGUGCUUCGCCUCCCCGGGCUCCCUGAGCCGGCACCGCUUCAUCAGCCACAAGAAGAGACGGGGUGCAGGUGGGGCCGGCGCCCUGGGCCUCGGGGAGGGGGAGGAGGAGACCCCGCCGCCAGCCAGGUCUGACGCAGAGGGGGGCGAGUCGCCUCUGCCCGCUUCUGGGGGCCCCCUCACCUGUAAGGUUUGUGGCAAGAGCUGCGACAGCCCCCUCAACCUCAAGACCCACUUCCGCACGCACGGCAUGGCCUUCAUCAGGGCCCGGCAAGGGGGCAGCGGGGACAGCUAGGCGGGGGGACUCGGCCCCGCCCCGCCCCGGCCCGGCCGAGCCUGGCCGCCGCCACCCCACGCGGGCGUGUCCUAGACCCACGUUCUGUCGAGCGCCCCCCGCCCCACAGACACGGCUUUCGAGGAUUCUAGUUCUUUGCAGUUGUUCUCCCUUUGGGUUUGGCCCUGGAGCCUCUGGAACGGACCUGCCACCCCCUCUCUGAGCCCGACACUAACGACCCUCCUGCUGCCGCCCUGCCUGACGGGAGGACAGCGCCUGCUGACGGGCGGGACCCAGCUGGCCGCCUCUGCCCCCCGCCGCA